AUGAAAAUAAAUGCUUUUCUGUUUUACCCACUAUUACUAUUGUUAUUCCAACUUUAUCGGAAGCAUGCAUGUAUCCAGAACAUACUCGCUAACCCAGAUACUCAAGCAGCCGCCGAUGAACGGUUCUUCAUGAUCAAAUCCUGGAACAUGCAAAAUGUCAUCGAUGCGCAAAGGGAUGGCGUUUGGGCCACCCAGGAAAAGAACACACGCCUCUUGACCGAUGCCUUCCAUACUUGUCGCUCCGUUGUAUUGCUCUUCAGCGUCAACAAGAGCAUGGCUUUCCAAGGCGCUGCUGUCAUGACAAGCCCACCCUCUCCAACAGUCCCCCAGCCACUCUUCUGCCAAAAGCUCAAGUGGCCCUGUUCACCACCGUUUCGCAUCCGCUGGCUCUGCACGACGUCUGUGCACUUCAAGUUCGUGGGCCACCUCAGAAACACCCUGAAUCCUGGCGACGAUGGCCAGCCGCACGCUGUUCUUGUUGGCAAAGAUGGACAAGAAGUCAACACGUCAACUGGACAAGGUGUAGUGGAGAUUCUGAGGCAGACCGAUUUGGAAGCUAAAGGAGAGGAUGACAGACCUUAG